AUGCAGGGAUAUACGAGAUUGUUAACUUUGGCGCUGCCGCUGUUGAUGCUGGCGGGUGCAGUCACGUGUGCUGGACUAAAAUCCAGUCAGACGGCGAACGUCGCCAAAGGCAGUGAGAAUGACGGUUCCUAUGCGGCGGAUUUAAGUGGAAAUUAUGUGGCUGACAGUUCGGGACAGUAUGUGGAAGACAAUGCAGGUGCUUAUCAUCCAAACGGCGCGGAGGGAAAAUGGGUGCCCGAUAGCUUGGGUGUUUAUCAUGACGACCUGACGUGGCGCUACGUGGCGGAUGCUAGCGGUGCCUGGGCGCCCGACAACAGUGGCAGUUAUGAUCCGGCGCUGGAGAUGCAAGGUGUCUAUCAUGCGGACGGGUCCGGCGUUUACAAGGUAGAUAAUACCGGCGCGUAUUCGAAGGAAUAUGAGAAGAUUGCUGGGCAUUAA